AAAAAGUAUAAAAGGUGGUGGUUUGACGUAGCCGGCAUUCAAUAAGGAUUCACCGACCAGACAUAUCACCAUGAAGUAUCAAUUGCUGCUCGUCGUCGCUCUCUUCACAGUCAGCUCAGUUUCUGCCCGCGGUAAACAGCCACCAUGCAAAGGUAAGAUGUGCGGUGGCUACGGAGGUGGAAUGGGCGGCGGAUUCGGAGGUGGAAUGGGCGGCGGAAUAGGCGGCGGAUUCGGAGGUGGAAUGGGCGGCGGAUUCGGCGGCAUGUCCGGUGGUUAUGGUGGCGGUUUGGGCGGCGGAAUGAGCGGUGGGUACAUGGGAGGGUACGGUGGAUUUACCGGUGGAAAGAAAUUUGGCGGUGCUGGCGGUUAUGGAAGUGGAGGCGGCGGAUACGGUUAUGGUGGAGGAUUCGGUGGUGGUAUGUCCGGCGGAUAUGGAGGCAUGUCUAGCGGACUAGGUGGAUACGGUGGCAUGUCCGGCGGACACGGUGGUGGUGGACACGGCCACGGCGGCGGUUACGGUGGCGGCAUGUCCGGUGGAUACGGUGGCGGCUUUGGCGGUGGAAUGAGCGGUGGAUACAUGGGAGGACAUGGUGGAUUUACCAGCGGAAAGAAAUUCGGCGGUGGUGGCGGUUAUGGAGGUGGAGGAGGGGGAUAUGGUGGCGGAUAUGGCGGUGGUAUGUCCGGCGGAUACGGUGGUGGAUACGGUGGCAUGUCCGGCGGAUACGGUGGCGGAUUCGGCGGCAUGUCUGGCGGAUUUGGUGGUGGAUACGGUGGCAUGUCAAGUGGAUACGGUGGCGGAUACGGUGGAAUGUCUGGCGGAUUCGGUGGAGGCAUGUCCGGUGGUUAUGGCAGCAGAGGCCGAUAUUGCAAAUGCGCUCCACGGUGCAACAAAUGGCAGAAGUUUGUCGGCCGAUGCCCAUGGUGCAAGAAGGGCUGCAAGCUGGUGUUCUGUUGCAACCGCGGUAAAAUGUAAACUCUAUGAGAUACUGACAUCUUACGAACUUCUACUGAUAACCUCAUUCUACAAUAUACAUUCAGUGUAUUUAUUUUAAUUAAAGCAUUUUGAAAAUGCAA